UUAAAUUUUCUUCAAUUUCGAGGUUCUGCUUUCUGCUGGCAUUCAAGGCCUGAUUAAUAAGUUCAAGAUUCACCGUCGUGUCAUUGGUAAAAAAUAGAGUUAAUUGAAUGAACAUCAAAAAGACUGCAGAUAAGCUAGGUAUACCUAGUGAUAUAGAGGUACAGCUCCUCAGUAGUCAAACUGCAGCCGCUCACAAAGUCAUCCGAGUUGCGAACUUGCGAACUGCGAACUCCGCUCACACCUUGAAGAAAAAUUACAUUUUUUGAAGUGUUCCGAUGGCGACAACAACAGGUCUGUUUCGACUCGACUCGACUCGACUCGUCACUCCUUUCUCGCACUUUUUUGUCUUCCUCACCACGACCAGUUCCCAUACUAGUACUUGGUUCGCUGCUGGACAAGUUGAUCUCUGGUGUGGGGAUGGUGUAGUUAAUGACUGCAUGGACAAAAGCGAAUGCCUCGCCAGGCCAGCAGCAGGUAGCUACUAGCGAGUACUGUAGUUACCGAUAGCCAAGAUGACACUGCAUGGCACUUUUCCACGUUUGCUUGUAUGUUGAGGUGCUGAAAGCGAAGCGCAAGAGAGGAUGAGAUGUCGUUUUGCAUGCACUACCUAUAGGACUGGUUGAACCACAUGAAGGCUGCAGGCAACCUGGCUAGCCCUUCCAAGAGGCAGUUCCAAGAGACGUCGCUACCUAGCCAGACAAAACUUUGAAUGGCACGACAGGAAUGGGCUUUUCGCUUUGAGCAACCAUUGAACUCCAAAGACGAGGCAAGGAGCUUUUCGCUUUCGAUCAUGUCUCUCUUCAACCGGCGAAACGAACUCUGCCACUGGUGCUUUAUGGGAUCAUGAGCUAUCAUAUGAGCUAUCAUGACUAAAGAUUCUUGGGUUUUUCCCAUUCCUGCCUUCGGAAAAGGCGCAGCUUUUGUUGGUGAGAGUGACAGGCAUGAAAAAGUUCGAGCCACAGGCGGCCCUUCUGCUACUGAUUUGAAGAUGGAAAGAUAUCUAGCUAGUAAUAACUUUAGUGAGCCGACCAGCCACAACGACAGUGUAUGCAUUGGAGUUUCUUUUGAGAUUUGUUCCUUUCGAUCUGCGGUAACUAAGCAGUACGGUAGCCU